UUGAGUGAAGAUCAAGAUGGGGCGUUCUUCUAAGGACAAAAGAGAUAUUUAUUACAGACUUGCGAAGGAAGAAGGCUGGAGAGCUAGAAGUGCAUUUAAAUUAUUGCAACUAAAUGACGACUUUAACUUGUUUAAUGGCGUUAACCGUGUAGUGGAUUUGUGCGCGGCACCCGGAAGCUGGAGUCAAGUACUGAGCAGAAAAUUGAUCCAAGAACGUCCAGAAGACAAGGACAAAGUCAAGAUUGUAGCGGUAGAUUUACAAGCCAUGGCUCCUCUCCCUGGCGUUAUACAGAUACAGGGUGACAUCACUAAACUCUCAACUGCUCAUGAAAUCAUCAGCCAUUUUGAAGGAGAAAAAGCUGAUUUGGUUAUUUGUGAUGGUGCUCCAGAUGUUACUGGGCUGCAUGAUAUUGAUGAAUACGUCCAGGGGCAACUCUUGCUUGCAGCACUUAAUAUUACCACACAUGUACUUAAACCUGGAGGAAACUUUGUUGCCAAAAUUUUUCGGGGAAAAGAUGUUGACAUUUUGUAUGGCCAGCUCAAGGUAUUUUUUCCCACUGUGUCAAUAUGUAAGCCAAGGAGCAGUCGUAGUUCAAGCAUUGAAUCUUUUGUGGUUUGUCAGAAUUACUCCCCACCAGCUGGAUAUGUGCCAACAAUGUGCAACCCUCUGCUUAUUGACCCAAAGCAGUUCAAAAGUCUGGAAGGAGUAAACAGGAUUAUUGUGCCCUUUAUAGCCUGUGGCGACCUUAGUGGUUACGAUGCAGACCAAACAUAUCCACUUGCGACUUCCAGUGGAGAAAAGGAAUAUCAGUCACUGUCACCUACCCAGGAACCAAUAAAUCCACCUUACAAAACUGCCUGUCUUCUUAAAAAAACUAACUGUUUAGCUUCUUCUGAGAACAUGGGGCAGGAGGCAAGUACUACAGUUGAAAAGAGUGACACAGAUGUUUUGAGCUAACAUUUGUGACAAAAGUGACAUGGUUGAAUUGUAGAAAUUCCGUCAGCUACCUAUGACUUAGAAUUGGUUGCAUAAUCUACAUGUAUAUAUAUUGUGCAGGACCAGCUAACACCAAGAGAUCAUUUUUGGGUGCAGCUAACACCAACAAGCAACAAAUUGCACUGUACAAAUGAGAAAAACAGUAGUGGACAGUUAUAGUGACAUUUAUAGUCAUGUAGUGACUCGAUUGUUUUUUUAGCUUUAAUCUGUUAUGACAGUGUUGUGCAAAGUAUAAAGUUGCAAAAGUAAUGACCCUCGUUUAAUAUUUCCUGAUUUGGCUUUCGUCACUACUUUCAACUUUUGAAUGGUUGCAACUUUCGUGUAGCUAAAGCAUGUACCACAUGAGUGGUAUAGGUGGCUUGUUGGGCCUGUAGCCAAUCAGAAGGCCGGAUUUAGCCCACGUGACCGCUCUCGACCAAUUAGAAGGCCGGAUUUCAUCCAAGAUGGCCGAACUGAAGAUUCUGCCCUAGUCUCCUCUUUGGGAAAAGUUCCAGUCAAAACGUGGAACCAAUCAAAAGGCUGGAUUGGGUGCAUGUGACCCAGUAAAUGACAUAAGCAAAGUAGACACUAA